CGCCGGAGCUUGUGCUUCCGGACCGGGCGGGGAGAGGGCAAGAGCAGGUUCCGCUUCUCCCAGGGCCGAUGCAGGCGGCGGAGCUUCCGCUGCGUCCGCGGAAAAAAUGAAUUAUAUGCCGGGCACGGCUAGCCUCAUCCAAGAUAUCGACAAGAAACACUUGGUCCUCCUUAGAGAUGGCAGAACACUGAUUGGAUAUUUACGCAGCAUUGAUCAGUUUGCAAAUCUGGUUUUGCACCAAACAGUGGAGCGCAUUCAUGUGGGCAAAAAGUAUGGUGACAUCCCUCGUGGCAUCUUCGUAGUCAGAGGCGAGAAUGUUGUGCUCCUGGGAGAAAUUGACCUGGAAAAGGAAAGUGAUACCCCUUUGCAGCAAGUCUCGAUAGAGGAAAUCUUGGAAGUUCAACGGGUAGAGCAGCAAACGAAGCAAGAAUCAGACAAGUUAAAAAUGCAAGCGCUGAAGGAGCGAGGCCUGUCCGUUCCGAGGGCUGAUACAUUAGACGAAUACUAAGUAUUUACCUGAACUGUCUCCCAAAGAUUGAGGAGACUGUGUACUGAAGUGCCCAAGGGAUGGACAACUAUUUUUUUAUUAUUAUUAUUUCAGAUUCCUUCCUCAGUCCAGAAAACGGUUGGAUCACCAUGAUGUAAACCGUAGUUCUUCCCAUUUCACGAAAAAUCAUUUUUGAAGAUUAAAUAUAAUCCAGCAUGAUGAAGCAGCUAUAAAAGAGAAGGCUGGUUUAGGACAUUUUGUUUAGUAUUUUUUUAAAUACAGGAAUGAUUUCUGGAAGAAGUGGGGAAAUAACACCCUCUAGCCUGUAAAUAAAAGGUGAUUCUAAACACUGCUGUAAGCCAAGGUGAAAGCACUACUGAGAAUUUGUCUUUUUUGGUCAGGGCAUUUUUCUAGGGGGACAGAGAAGUGACAAAAAAACACUUUUGUCUUCUGAACUGGGCUGAUGGAGACUUUAAAACCCUCAAAUAGGAGGGGGAAGGUUUGACAGGAGCAUCUGAGUUCUUGUUUGUGAAAAGUUCUUAAUGGCCUCUGAGCUUGAUUGUUUGCUUGCAGAUGUUUCAGUAUAGAACCAGGUAACAUCACUGAUGAAGAUGUAACAUCUGCAAGCAAACAACCAAGCUUAGGUAGCACCAAGAAUUCCUGAGCUACAGAUAUUCUCUUCUAUUUGCUUUUAUCUGUAAGAUUGCAGAAUGAGGAUUGGAAGAGACCUUGGAGGUCUUCUAGUCCAAUCUCUGCUCAGGCAGGAAACCCUGUACCAUUUCAGACAAAUGAUUUGUCCAGUGUCGUCUUAAAAGCCUCCAGUGAUGGAGCACCCACAAGUUCUGGAGGCAAGCCAUCCCACUGAUUCAUUGUUCUCACCAUCAGGAAAUUUCUCCUUAGUUUUAGGUUGGAUGAUUUUUUGAUAAACUUCCAUCUGUUCUUCCAUCUGCCCUCAGGUGCGUUAGUGAAUAGGCCAUCCCCUCUUCUCUGUGACAGCCCCUCAAAUAUUGGAAGACUGCUAUCAUGUCACUGCUAUUCUUCACUAGACUAUAUGUACUCAGUUCCUGCAGUCAUUGUUCAUAUGAUUUAGCCUCCAGACUGCUAAUCAUCUUUGCUGCUCUUUUCUGCACUCUUUCUAGAGUCUCAUCAUCUCUUUUGUAUUGUGAUGACCAAAAUUAAAUGCAAUCAUGCAAACAGCCGUUGACCAGAAAGCAAGAAGUAAGAUGGUUCCUGCCAUUUCUUCUAGCUCUCAAGGAUGAUCCCUGUUAAUUCAGUUUAGUCUUAUUUUCUUGGCAAUUGAGCUCACUUUCAAAUAAAGGCAGGUUUCUUUUGCUUCCCUUGCUGUAUCCUGAGAAGACCCUGGAGCACUUUAAAAAACAAGAGUAAAUACUAGAAUUGACAUGUCACAGCAGGUCAGUGUCUUAUUUGCUUUAAACAGUGUUUUAAACAGUGGAAAAAAAAAAUAAAAGCCGGGUGAGGCAGA